AGGAUGCGAGAAUUAUUUGAGAAUAUAUGCAACAUAUCUUAAAAUUUAAAUUUGAAUUUUAAACAUUUUAGUUGAUUACGAUGACGUCAUCACAGGCAAUUCUACUCCUGACAAUGGUUGUGUCACUGACCAACAUUUUUUGUUACGCACCGCAAUGUUUUCAAAAUGAAUUCUUGAAUAAAAAAGCUAUUCAAGGACAUCGCUUAAAAGAUUCUAACACUGGAUUGACAUUCGCACAAUCCUUAUUUGAAGAUCCCUUUAGCGUUAACGUACGCAAUGCUGUGCUUGAAACAAAGUUCUUCCAGGGUAUUAUUCAAAAUACUCUGGAACCGGAGCAGUAUGGCGGAUACAUGGUGCAGGACGCAGCUUUCGUAUUUGACGCAGUGAAGGCUUUUGACACCGCCGCUGAAAAUAUGCGAGGCGAAUACCCUCCCGAUUUCGCGCUGUUUUAUCAUGGAAGAUCCGAGUGCUUUACAAGUUAUGCCAGUUAUUUCGUUUCUAAAUGGAAGCUUUUUAGCGCGUCGAGCAUCUUAAUGGGCCCAGCAGUCGGAACAUACGUAGCCUAUCAAAUGAAACUUGCCCAAACCCAACCCAAGAACCUCGCUAUCGGUAUCCUACCCUGUGAAAUGUUAUGGCCCUGGGUUGCUGCGCAAAUUGAUCCUCAAGUCCCGGAGAAGAAUGUUUACCGAUCAUGGGUUGAUGAUAAUCUAGAUAAUGGUUAUUCCGGUGCCCAGACAUUCGCUAACAAGUUUUUCAGUGAAGGAGACAAAGAUGCUUCCCAGAUAAUUUUUAACGAAGGCAUAAUCAACGAGUUAAAUUUCUUCCGCUCUGCUUGUGGUGAGGAUCCCGUCGACUACGAUUUUGGCAAUAAAAACGAAACUGCACCGAUCGUUUAGUUUUUUAGAGAUAGUUCUCCUGUCUUCUUAUGUAUAAGUUCACGCCACAUUAUGGUCAUGAUUUCAAUAAAAAUCUGAA